CGCCUGGCCUCUGUGCAUCUCUUCCAGCGCCACAAAGACCCUGGGAGCCGGGAGCUGCACUUGCCCCCAGGCUCGCAGUUUGUCCCCGGCGCUUGGUCUAGGUGCAACUCUGCUGGGAAAGGGGGAGAAGGCAGGCAGCCCCUGAGUGCAAAUUCCUCCGCGCAGCGCGCCAUUGACUGGCCUGAGCAACUUAUUUAAGGCUGGAAAUUGACACACGGGGGCUUUUUCUUCUCGCCUCUCCUCGUUCUGCUAAGGGAGCUGGUCGUGCGACGGGCUGGGGAGCAGGGAUGCCUUCCAGGUGACCUGGUGCAAGGAGCUGCUGGGUCACCUGGCUGCAGAUCUCUGGGGCAGCGGGAGCAGCCUGGGCAGAAAAGUGCCUUUCCCUGCUGCAAACUUCCCGGCCGGCGGCUUUCGUGGCUCUCUCCCCCCGCCCUUUCUCCCCCCCCCCCCCCCGGCUCGGGGCCGGCGGAGCAUGGAGAGGUGCGAGCGGGACAUUGCCCGAGCCAGCAAGUUCAUGGAAGAUCUGUCUCUCUACGAGCCCUGCCCGGACGGGCUGUACAGCGGCCGGGGCUGCCGCGGCAGCCGGAGGGAGCUGCUGGAAGACGCCCAACGGGCCAUCGCGGAGCCGAGAGGCAAGAAAAUGAAUGGCACCGCGGCCCCCCCGGGGGACGCCCACCCCGCCGCCAACGCCGCCGCCUCCGGCAAAGUGUACCAGGCUGCGGCCGCCCCCCAGCCCCGCUCGCUGAACGGCGGCGGCGGCAGCCGGGGGGGCGGCCCGGAGCCGGGCUGCUGCGAGGAAGGGCUCUGCACCCGCUCCGAGGUGGCGCUGCCCUGCUACGGCGGCUUCGCGGACAAGGGCAGGCGCUAUUCCUCCGAGAGCGCCCGGCACAGCGCCGGCAGCGCCUACGAGGGCGUCUACGUGCCCAAGCCGGCCGGCUCCUACCCCGGCCCGCCGGGCAGCCGAGCCCACGCCGGGCCCGAGGGCAGAUACAACGCGGCCAGCCCCCGGGCCAGCCUGGCCGCCUCCUGCCAGGAGCAGCUCAGCCGCUUCUCCAGCCCCCGCUCCAGCCUGGGCAGCAGCGGCGCCCCGGGCUACGAGAAGUUCUCCAGCCCGCGGGCCAGCCUGGUGGUGCCCGGGCAGGAGAAAUACAGCAGCCCGCGGGCCAGCCUGGUGCAGUACGAAGGCGGCGCGCUGAGCCCCAGGUCGAGCUACGCCAGCACGGCCAGUGACACCAGCAAACACUCCAGCCCCCGGGCCAGCCUGACCAGCUACGACUGCGGGAGCAAGCCCAGCAGCAACCGCACCAGCGGCAUCAGCAUGGGCUACGACCAGCGGCACGUCAGCCCCCGCUCCAGCAGCGCCAGCCCCCGCUCCAGCUACUCGGACUCCCGCUACGGCCCGCCGGGGAAUCCCGAGCUGGAGGGGGCUGCCGGGCCGGGGCUCCCCAUGGUCAGCCCCAGGUCCAGCCAUUGCAGCCAGGAGGGUCGGACAGGGGCGGUGGGGAACUGCAACCCGUCCGUGGUCAGCCCCAGGUCGAGCAUCUCCAGCCAUAGCUCCAGAAGCUCCAGAGGCUCCAUGAGCGCGUACCCGGAGCUCCAGCUGCCUUCGCCCCGCUCUUCCAUGCUGGGGCCAAGUUUACAGGAGGAAAAUCCCACGCAGGAGCAUGGAGAUGCUUAUCCCAGGCACGAGCAGCAGCAGCAGCAUCCCGCUGCCUCCAACCCCGACUCGGCUUCAGGGGCGUUAGCAUCCUACGCCUACAGCCCCACCAAAGGGUCCGCUUCAGCUCCCAAAUUCAAGCUUCCAUAUCAGGUCACCCCGUCCAGGGAGAGUGGACCCAGCCAGGCAGAGAGGAGGUUGGAAGCGUUGACGCUGGAGCUGGAGAAGGAGUUGGAGAUGCACAUGAAGAAGGAAUAUUUUGGUAUUUGUAUAAAGUGUGGAAAGGGCGUAUAUGGAGCGAGCCAGGCUUGCCAAGCAAUGGGUAACCUCUACCAUACCAACUGCUUCACGUGCUGCUCCUGUGGGAGAAGACUGCGAGGAAAAGCCUUCUACAAUGUCAAUGGUAAAGUGUACUGUGAAGAAGACUUCCUAUAUUCAGGCUUUCAACAAACAGCAGACAAGUGUUUUGUUUGUGGACACCUCAUAAUGGAAAUGAUCUUACAGGCUCUUGGAAAGUCAUACCAUCCUGGCUGUUUCCGCUGCGUUGUCUGCAAUGAAUGUUUGGAUGGAGUCCCCUUCACUGUAGACGUGGAGAACAAUAUUUACUGUGUCAAAGACUAUCACACUGUUUUUGCACCAAAAUGCGCUUCCUGUAACCAGCCAAUUCUACCAGCACAGGGCUCCGAGGAGACCAUUCGAGUGGUGUCAAUGGACAGAGAUUACCACGUGGAAUGUUAUCACUGCGAGGACUGCGGUCUCCAGCUUAACGAUGAAGAAGGCCAUCGUUGCUAUCCUUUAGAGGGCCACCUACUCUGUCAUGGCUGUCAUAUUAGGCGCCUCAAUAUCAAAGUGCCACCACAUCCACCUCCAAGCUACCCAAUGCAUGUUACAGAACUCUGAAAGACACUUUCUAUAGCAAUGAAUCGUUAGAGAGAAGAUGAAAGAACUAAAAAUGACUUUCCAGUUUUUAAAGAUGAAAUUCCUCUAAUAACCCUCUAAACCAGCUAAGUUAUUUAUUUUUUUUAAAUCGUAUGUCAGAGGGCCUCUGUGAUCAUGUCCAUGUUUCCAUUUACCUUCAGCAUUUUCACUGACACACCACUUACUUGAAAAAAAAAUGCACCACUGAACUAACUGUAAGCAGCAGCAUUUCCCAGUACAGUGGUACAAAAGGCUCUGUUCUACACUCCUUGUUUGCUUCAUUCCAAUGGGAGUUUUGCCUGAGCAAGAAGUGUAGAAUUAAUCCCCCCAAGUUAGCAACCUACAUAUCACAACAAGCGUGAUAAGCUAAAUACUAGCAUUUUAGCUAGUCCCAUUGCAUCCUAGUCUUAGAGAAUAAACAUUCUCACAUUUCUGGAAUACUGAGAUUCCCAGCAGUAGUUCAUAGGAAGCAAAGUAAAUAUAUUUUUAGUAACAAAAAUCUUCAAACAUGGGUUAAAUUGGUGGUAUUCACACCUAGGAAAGGCGUCAGGCCAGUGUCUUUUCCAUUCUAUUUGCUAUCACAGUGAUCCAACAGAGUAUUUAGCCUGCUGCAGAAACAUGGCAGGUGUCUUCUAUAGGAAGCACAUUACAGAAGAAUGUGUCCAUUCGCAAAGUUAAGAUUCUUUCAUAAAGGGUUAUUGCAUAUGAAGAAAAUUCUGGCUCUCCAUAAUAACUUGCCACUUACAUGCUUGGUUUUUUAUAGCUUGUAGUGGCACGAGACCAACCACAGCUUUAAAAGCAUUUGUCAUGUUCUUCUGGCGAUUUGGCACUUACUAAGCAAUCCAUUUUUUAAACCUGUUUUUGUCACUAGGUUUAGCAGCCCUUUUGGCUCUGCAAGGAGACACUUUAUGUCUCAAUCCUACUUGUUUUAUACAAGACUUCAUUUGUUACAAACUGCUUUGCAAUUUUUUGUUGUUACAUUUUAAAAAUUGGCAGCAGUUUUGUCAUCUUUUCAGUUUAAUGUGUUCUUUUCCAGAUGUAAUUUUGAAUGAUUACAGUGAUCAUCUUCAUUUAAAAACCAAGCAUGAUUUAGCAGAAAUAAUAAUUUAGAGUUUCAGACAAUUGAAACAGAAAUUGGUAUUUUAUAACAAGUAUUAGAUGUACAUAGAAUGUACACACUUUCAUCUUUUGCAUAAGCUUUUACAAUAACCUCAGAACUCUGGGGUAAUAUAUAUCUUCCAUAUAGGAAGUUAGAUUAAUCUUUUUUAAUAUUUGUUUUCUACUGUGCGUUAAUGAUUUACAUGCAAUCACAUGUCUGUAUGUUUAAAUAACAAUUCCAUGUAUUCUCAUGAGAAUUGACCUACCCUUCCUGAAAUUAUUUUAUAGUUUGAAAUAUGGCCAUCGCACCCUUCCUCAGAUAUAUUUUUAAAAGACAAAAUUAUUUGACUGUGAAUUAGGUGGAAAUAUCAGACAAGAUUCUCAACAUGUGUAAAUUGAAAGAACCGCAGUGACUUCAACGAAGUUAUACAGAUUUACACCACCUAAGAAUCUGGCCCAUCAGUUUUAAGAUUGUCACAUGUUAAGUUUCAUCAAACUACUUAAGGAAAUAGCUAUUUGGCAACACCAUUGAAGUGUAGUACAUAGAGACUCCAUUGAUGCAAUAAGGUAAUUCAGGAUAUGGUUGGAAAGCACAAGGAGCAACCAAUGGGCUCUGAUUCCUGAAUAGAAUAAUUAACUCAUGAGAUUCUCACUCCUUUUAUAGAGCUUUGAUAUUCCAAAAUAUCGUUAUGGUAAAAAAAAAUACAUUCAUUGAUGAUGGGAAGAGAUGAAUGCAACAGUUCAGAAACUGCUACUGAAUUGUCUGGUUGGCAGAGAUUAAUCUGCCCUACUGGAUGCUCCUCAUGUUUGAUUCCCUUGAUUGUUGAAGAAAAAAGAUUGGGAAAUGUAGAUUUAUUUAUCUAAAGAAGAAGCUACUUGCUAUCAUCCUAAAUUAUUUAAUAUUAAAAGUCAGAAGUUUCAUUUAACCUUAGAUGUUAUAAUCUGCUUUUUUCAAUAAAGACAUUUUGUAGUUAA